UAACACUCCCGACGUAGCCAGUGGAUGCGGCAGAUAAAACCAGCUACAGGGGCGCUCCAGACAACAAGGCGCUCGCCCAGCGAAAGUCGGCACGGAAGAGACGCCCUCGAGACCGCAGCGAAGCGUAAAACUAAAAGGGAGGCUUUGCUGUGACUGCGAGACUGCUAUGUCUACGAGUCUGCUUUGUCUACGAGAUCCCCUUUCCGCUCGCACAACCACCAACGACGCACCGUGUCCCCGUCGGCGGCUGCGGAGAGACACAGGUAGCAGGCGCCGAACAGAGAGCAACCCGAGACGACUUCAGACCGGGCUGCGCGCGAGUCCCUCUGAAAUAAACUCAGUUCCUUGGCAGGAAUGCAUUUUAUUGCGGUUGCCACUGACGUAACACUCACCUAUGCUGCUGAGCGUGAGGUGAGCCGAGGACUUUGUAGCCGAUAUGAUGCGUGGUUUGUCGUUGCUAUACCAGCUAACGUCGAACCGUGAAGACUGGAGCGAUGUCGUCGUCAUGAGGGGCGCACGGGAAGUUCUGAGCGGAGUCAGGUACCCGGAAGAUGCCACCCGGCGGUCUCUGUACGCAUCGUGGCUGAAGGCCCUCGCCUCCACCAGAUGGCAGGAGUCGUUCGACCACCUCAUGCUGGAGUGCGUGGCCGCCACACCAUCGCCGACUGCCCCAUCGAAGCCGCUGUUCGCCAGCAUCUACGGAGACCGGGACGUGGACCUGUGGUUUCUGGGUUUACAACUGCCCGUGCUCAACCUCGCCAAGAUUCCCAAGCUUUUUGCACGAAAACCUGAGGACGUCGAGCCGCUCCCUUCGUCCCCCGGCUUCGUCGACUUCCUCGCCGACCUGAUAAGGAAGAGUCGCAGCUCUCUGGCGGCCCUGAACGAGGCCGGCCUGAUCAUCAGCUUCUACAGCCUGGCGCUGGCGGUUAUCGCUGCCAAGCCCGUGAUAGAAGUGCAGGACUUCUUCCGCACCCGUAUGAAGAGGGCGAUGGCCGCGGCUGUGCCCACAUCGUUCGACGGAGACGUGUUCUGUCCUAGCGCCAGGUUCCUGACGGAACUGGCCUUCAAAACGUACUCUGAAGAUGGUGAGGUGAAGCCGUACAUCGUGCUUCUGGUGCUGGCCCAGUAUGCACACCACGUCAACGCAGCCGAAGCAUCGCCCAGCGCUGACGUGAGGUUCCUGGAGGAAGGUUUUCUGACGCCGGCCAAGUUCGGUCACCUGUACAUAAUACAGCUCCUAUACAUCGUGCAAGAGAAGACUACGCUGAGUGUCAAGGUUCUCAACCGCAUCCUGCGGGAUAGCCAGUCUCGAGAGGUAGAGCGUUCUAGUGAGCGCGUUCGCCAGUUCUUGGCAAACGCUGACGAGCCGAUGCAGCGAACGAGGCCGUGGUGUCGCACAGCCAACUAUUGUUUCUUCCUACACCUCGACUUGUGCGAUCACGUGGACUACGCCAUGAGACUGACGGCGUUCCUGGCGCCCGACCCCAACGACCUGUUGUGGCAGAGGCCGGAGUUUGCCGAUGUGUCAGCGGCACGCAUGAAGGAUGCUCGACUCUGGGCACGCAACUUCAAGCGAGCCUUACGAAAGGGAAAGUACGGUACAGCCCCCACACUGGACCAGUAACGAGCUGGCACGGCUUGAGAAACGCACCGCUAACGCUGUGCGGUCUUUCAGGCAAUCUACGUAUGCACGUCACAAGACUCCCGAGUCAAGCAGCAAGGACAUGCUGGAACAUUCACCUUUACUCCGAGCUCAAUACAGCCGCUAUUGCGAGUCUGGCGAUCAAACCCAUUGCCAAAUGCAGCAUCAAAACAUGCUGGAAUGUUCAGUGUUGCUUCACCUUGUCUCAUGUGCCUUCAUAUAACCCAUAUGUACUUUAUGUAGCGUCAAAAUUCCACUGCCAAGCCCACAUCUGGAGCACACUGUGGGGCCUUUCACCUUGACUGUUCCUUGGGAUCGUUCAGCUGUUUAAAAACAUUUUCUUGCUAUGCCAUACCAGUGCUAAAUUCAUCAUCCAAGAAUACGCCGUAAUAUAUUGUUUCGAAGUUUUUUCUUGCCUCUAGUUUUCAUGAAGCCCUUUUCGGGACUUUCUAUAGCGUUAUCACUCCAGUGCCAACUCCAGCAAAGAGAUAAUGCUGGAAUGUUGGAUCUUUAUACCUUUCAUUUCAUUGAAAAAUACAGUUACUGCGUUUUGUCAAGUUUUUUUUUUUUUUUUUUUUGCAGUGAAUAAACGAAUUCAGAUGUUG